CCUCACUUUGUUUUUCAUAUUCUCAGCGCUUCAAAACGAGACUUACAAGUUUUUACUCAAAGGCUUCACCGAUGCAGUUCACGGCGGCGAUGAAUACUUUAUCGGCGUUUUUCUUUCCGCUGCCUCCAUCACUGUUAGUUAACGUGAUGACGGUGGUGAGUUCGGUGGUGGUAGCGGUCAUAGGGUUUUCGGAAGCGAGAGGAACGCAUUUGCAGUAUUCAAAGUUCUGGAAUACGAGUAAUAGUGCUACGAAAUCAUCCAACUCAGAGCAACUCAGGAUUUCCUCAAGAUUAGGGAUGCUCCUGCUUUAUACUCCGGCGGUUCUCGCCGGCGCUGCGUCGUUCUGGUUCUUACCGAACGACGAUUUGAGAGUUCUUCUGCUUAAGUCCGCUCUCACUUUCCAUUUCUUCAAGCGCGACUUUGAGGUACUAUUUGUUCACAAAUACAGCGGCAAGAUGGUAAUUGAUUCAGCAUUAAUCAUCUCCCUCAGCUACUUCUCUUCUACAGCACUUAUGAUAUACGCUCAACAGCAAUCAAAAGCACUUCCAGAGCCAACCAUUGAUCUGAAAAACAUCGGAAUUGCUGUGUUUGUAAUAGGCAUUAUUGGUAACAUGUACCACCAUAUUCUUUUGUCUCAAACUAGAAAAAAAGGAGAAACAGGCUACAAAAUCCCCAAAGGAGGCCUCUUCGGCAUCAUCAUCUGCCCACACUACAUGUUCGAAAUAACUGUGUAUUUCGGCUUUGCUCUCAUCUCUCAGACAUUUUACGCAUUCUUCUUCGCCAUUGCCACCGCUAUCUAUCUGGGUGGAAGAAGCUACGCCACACGGAAAUGGUACGUCUCUAAAUUUGAAGACUUCCCUCAACAUAUCAAAGCCCUCAUUCCCUUCGUAUUCUAGGCUGAGUUAAAUUAUAUAAAUCAUCCCUCAACUUUCUCCAAGAACAUGUACCUUUAAAUUACUGUCCAAGUUGUGCAUUAUUAUCAUUACCUUUGACAUUUGAAUCAACGUCAGAAUUGGAUCAUUGUACUAUUUCUUUGAUCAGUCUCCGGCUUCCAUUGAUGUCUCGUACUCACAUUGAAUAAUUUAUGUGUAGUAAUGUCAGCUCUACGAAAAGUAACCCCUAGGAGUUGUUGUAUUAUUGUAGGGGUAACAUUGAAUAAUUUAGUUUUAGAUAUUUGAAAUAAUUGUUGUGUUAUUUUUGGAGGCUUUUUAUGUAAUUUCAGUUUGAUGUAAUCGUUGUAAUGUAUCAAAUGUUUCUCUGGGCAUAAUCAAAUAAUUGAUUGAUUGA